CGCAGUGUUGUUGUUGGUGCCCUGCGAUAGCGUGGUCGUGGUGUGGUGCUGUGUCUGGCCUGAGCUCGUGCGUCUCACUCGUCUUGCUGUGUUUGUGUCGGUGGUCUCCCGAGGACUCACAUGGAGUGAAGGCGUUGUCGCAGUGAACCCUCUCUGGAUUUGCGCCCCCUGUGCCUGCCGUGCUCGCCGUCUUGAGUGUCGUCUUGCCCCUCGCCAGACAAAAGAGAUUGCGAAAAUGUCUGCUUCACCCAUCGCUCGCCAGGCGACGCAGAGCAUCCCCGUGAGGAGGGUGAUGCUGAGCGACGCUUCGCAACUCCCCAACGAUUACUCCACCACCCCGGGUGGCACACUGUACUCCACUACCCCUGGAGGCACAAGAGUAGUGUAUGAGAGAAAUUUUCUCCUCCAGCUCAGAAACUCUCCUUUGUCGCGUACUCCGCCAUCCAAUCUACCUAACAUUCCCGAGUCUCUGCUGAAAGGCUCAGUUGAUCGCCCAAUUAUUUCACCACCCAAGGAGAAUGGGGCCAUCAAAACUGUUCCUGUUAAAAAGGACGCCAAUCCAGAUGAAGAACAAUUUGAGAUGGACAUGUAAUAAAAUUAGCAUCUUGUGAUUCUUUGUGCUAGGUGCUUCAAAGAUUUUCUUUGCACCCUAUGGCAUAUCAAAUCCAUACGCCAUUCCAUGAAGAGAAGGAUAGUGUUGUGAUGUGCCAUGAAAUACACUUAUGCACCAUCUUCUGACUUGCUGUCCGAAGCCGCUCAAGAAAUCAUAAGUUAGUUUUUUAUCUUGUCUUGUGUCAAGGAAGACAUUUAUUAUUUAGCAAUAAUUUUUGAGCAACUGGGGUUUUUACCUUAGUGACAUUGAAGGGGCUGUGAAACAAGUCAUCUUCGUAUUAACUGCUUAGUCAAGAAUGGCUAAAAAAAAACUAAAAAAAGACUGCUCUACUUUCACCCUUUAACUGCCUGUGAGUAAUUGUGCUGGUUAUAGAAUAGUAGUUCUGGUUGGGUUUUGUGGAUGGUCUUGUAUCCUUUCUCUGUGAGCCUGGUGCACUGUCCACAAUCCUCAUGCACACUAUUAGUAUCUGUCAUUUUCCAGCUUCACUUGAAGUUAUGAUAUUAUCAAGUUUUAUUGAUUGGUUUAUGUUUAUCUUUGACUAUGUUUACUGUACAUGAUCUGUUUUCAGAUUAAAGUAAAAUCCCCAAAAAAUCUUUAUUUUGUAAGACAACACUAUUUCGUGUUGAGUUUUAUUGGGUUUAAGAUUGUAUUUUUUAUUUUUAAAUGAUUGAGUACAAUGUUUUAUUUCUGUUACAACAGUUUAUGUAGUGUGCUUUUGGUAGAUUCUUUUCAAUUACAAUUCGGUUUAAGCAAAUCCAUUGUGUAGAAAAUCUGUUCUUGUAGACCUCAGGAAAAGAGUUUUACUUAAACUUUUAAUAGCAUUUGAACAUUUUAUGUUAUGCUAUUUUAGAACAAGUGUUCUAUUCUGCAAAUUCUUUGAAUAAAUUAUCCAAGAUACCCUGUAAA